GCGGAGCCGAGUUGCGGGAGCAGGUCGUGAAGUGGGCACUGAAUAAGUACAUGUGGGCGGCCCCCUUCGUGGAGCAUCCGCCAGCGGCCCUGGCGAGGGAGUGCAUGAAAGCCAUAUCGGCGCAGAAAUCGACAUGGUGGUGCGCCCGCCGCUUCUGGGCGGACAGGAUCAUGACCCACCCCAGCCUGGCGUUGUCGUGCCGGGCGUUGCAGGCGGCGCGCGGCCUCCCGUGGUCGAGCAUGCUCGAGGUGGCUCUGGAUACCCAUUGUAGCAAGCUCGGGCUGCGCAUGGCGGACUUGCCCGGCCCCCUCCCGGAGGGCAUCUGGGGGUGGUGGGGGGCUCAGCCUCGGGUGACGGCCAAGUCUGCUUGGGUUACUUAUCACGCGGACCCGAGCCCACGCCGGCGGGCCCAGUUGCAGCUCGCCGCGGCGCAGCUGGCCCUGCAGGUCAUGGAGGCUUUGCAAGGCAGCGGAACGGGGGGCCCCAGCGCCCCGAGGGUGAGCGUUGAUGGCCCUCAGGCUGACGGCGCGGCGCUGCAGUCCGCGGCCAACGUCGCGAUGGCAGCGGCGGCGGCGGGGGGCGGAUGGGUGGACUGA